GGGUUGUGACCCAGGUGCCAUAAUGAAGGGCAUGACUGAGCCUCUGAAGGAACAAUUCAAUCGCCUCUCUGAAGAGACAUCCGAGACCAGCCCGGAAUCAACCACUAGUUCUCGGAAAUUCGAUUUUGACCGUGAGGAAAAAAAUGGCGAAGGACUUCGCUUUCGAGGACCUGCAGUCGAUCCGGUCAAGAUCCAGGGCGUGUCUGCGACUGGUGAGAGCAAACCAGCUUGCUCAGAUCAAGAAGAUGAUGAUGGAAUACGUCAUAGUACCACCAACAUCCAUCCAGAUCAUAUAAAACCCAGUCCAGUCGAAUCGCGCUUGCUUUUCAAACCCUUUGAAGGAAUGCCAACUAAAAUGAAGAUGACUCCAAAUGUGAAAAAGCGCAUGGAUGUUUGUGCCAAGAAAACAGCCUCCCUAAAGAAAAAACCAAUCAGCGAUCUUUCAUGUGGCCAUUUGGAAUCAAGUGAAUAUUGGGAUACCCAUGUUUAUGGGAGCCCUAGAGAACCUCGAGAUGGUUCGUCCUCGGAAACUGAAGACGAUCCCCCGGCGAUGAACCCGAACGGAAGUACUCCAAAAUCAGUCGAUCCCAGGAAAUUCUCCAAACAGAGUGCCAAAAGAGCGUGGAGCAAAAUUACGGCGAACUUUCACGCCCAGAGCUUCUUUUGCCAAUUCCGAUUAAUUGAAGCAGGUCAAGUGAUGUACUACAUCGGCUAUGCUUUGCUUGGUCCUAUGGUAUUCGUCGCCACCUUGCUGAGCUUGUUCCUUGUGUUUACGGGAACAUCUUACUUCACCACUGGCCAUGUCGUGGUAAUGGUGCCCUCGGAGUACGAGGAUGUUCAAGCCUUCAAGCGAUGCGUUGUUCCUCAAGAACAUCGUCUUCAAUGGGUCUUCACCUUUAUGGCUAUCUUCAUGUUUAGACAAUUUUCUGACUUUCUAGAAGCCUUCUGCAAAUCUCGAGUGGUCUCAUUUGGGAACAGCUACCUAUCAACGUUCAUUCUCAUUGUGGAAGAGGUGGUUCACUUGUGUGGACUUUGGAUGCUCGUGUUUGAUGUGCUUCCUGAUGUGGACCUCCGGUAUGGAACUUUGAGCCCUUUUUGUCUGGGCAUGAUUCCAUCCGUGAUUGGUCUCAUGACCAAUCGAUUCGGUACCAAGUGGAUCUUUGUGAAACAAAUAAUCGUAUCUAUUAUUUCUGUGAUUGGACAAUUUGGGCUUGGGUGGAUAGUUUUGAGAUCCCAGGACGACUUGCUUCGAAAAAUGUUUUGGUGCUGCAUGGCAAUUUCAGUCAAGUUCUGGGAUCAUUUUGUGGUGCAGCCAAGAAACUCUCAGCCAAACGAGAGAAAUUCCCUAAUGGCUAUGUUGUUCAAGCUAGCAGAUCACAAGAGGAAGUGGCUACAUUCGAUCAAGCUGUUGGCAUUCCCAGUGAAAUUUUUUUGUCUCUACAUAUUGCUGUCUCAAUACUUUGGGUACAUUGGAUUUAUGCCAAUCAUCAAUUUGAUCCAACAAGUAUAUCCAUUCACAUCAGAUACAUUGCAGUGCAGGACACUUGGUCCCCCUAUUCUAAGUGGGCCCACAGUGUCAUUGGAGAGCGUCCCAGCUUCGAGCUACAUACCCUAUAUCCUAGGUAUGUUUUUAUUUACCUUGCCAGAAUUCUUGAAAACCUGGGGUAAGUGGGUCUCCCAUAUGGGUCAGCACUUCAAUCUUUUCGUCAUGCCAACCUUCCUGGCAUUAUUGACUAUGCAUGGGUUUGCCUGGUGUGUAGGACUGGAAAAUGGAUCGGUUGUGGUCGCUUACUUCGUCAAAAUAUUUGGACACGGAACUUUCAGCCCGUUUCUUCCUCGAAACUCAUUCAGUAUGGAUAAUUCGGAUCUCAUUUGUCUGGGACUGAUCAUUCUCAGCUCUUUUCUGUGCUGCUACAGCCAGUGGCUGAAAUUUUUGGACUAUUAUGUGCUUCAGAACCAGUUCAUGGUCAAGAUCAAGCCGAACAUAACACCUUUCAUAUUUGGACAAAACUAUGACUUCCGCGUUACUGCAAGAACCGAUGCCGAAAGUAUGCCUCCAGCUGUUGCCAGUCGACCUUUCAUCUACGCGUGUGCCACGAUCUGGAGAGAGGAUAUGCAUGAGAUGUCCAAUCUGGUGAAGUCCUUGUUCCAGAUAGAUCGUGCUUGCGCCCAGUUGCAGACCGCCUGCAAGUUUGAAUUCAUCAUUGUAAUUGAUGAUGCCUUUCACCACGCUUCGGCUUACAAACUUCUCGGAAAACAAGUGUUCAAGCUACUCAAUGUGAUUCGAAGGAUGAUGAGAUCCGAUGCGCAAAUUCCUGAAGUCACCUACCCAACUCCCUUCGGUGCCCGAAUGGAAAUGACUUUACCUGAUGGGGGAACGAAACUGGUCAUCCUGUUAAAAGACACCUCUCUAGUGAAGCAAGGCAAAAGAUUCUCCCAAGCCCUGUACCUGAAUUACCUGGUCGAUUUCCAGUUUCAAGACUUGGAGACCAUGCCCCUUCCGAUCCGGAAUGAAAUAGUGCGAAACAAGUUCAUUCUCACGCUCGAUGGAGACGUAAAUUUCACGCCUGCGUCUGUGUUCAAGCUCCUGGAUAGAAUGACCACCCACCCAAUGUUGUCGGCUGUCUGUGGCCGAAUUAUCCCAACCGGCCCUUGUACCUUGUGGACCCACGCCCAGAUCUAUGAGUAUGCCAUCGGUCAUUGGAUCCAAAAGCCAGUGGAAGAUUGUCUGGGUUCAGUGCUUUGUGCCCCUGGUUGCUUCUCCAUGUUUCGUUUGUAUGACAUGAUGGAAACCAAAUACCAUUGGGCAUACUCCGUAUCAAGGCCUCACACCAUCUCCAUGAAGCUUCGUAUGGACCAAGGUGAAGAUCGAUGGAUGUCGUUUCUUCUGAUCGCCGCGGGUGGUCGGAUUGGAUAUGAACCGGACGCGAUUUGCUUUACCGAAUGCCCGGAUACUCUGGCCAAGCUGUUUGGUCAGCGACGACGGUGGAUCACUUCAAGCUUUAUGGGAGUGUAUCAUUUUGCUUCUAUCCUGUUCACCCAAACGACCCAAGACCAACUGCAUGUUGGAAAUCCAGCCCAAUGGUAUCAAAUGUUCAUCACCGCCAGUACUCUGCUUUCUCCGGCCGUUUGUCUCAUGUUCUUGGUGUUUGGCUUUAAUUACACCACAGGUAUCUCACUCGUCGCAAGUGCUUUUCUGUUUGUGAUGCCCAUUGCUGUCUACGCAUACAUUUGCCAUGUGUGUGAGGACAAAGUGGCUGUGCUGUAUGGAUGCAUAUUAUCCGGAUUGUUUACUGCUCCAUUGGCUUUGGUGGUGAUAAGCUUGCUGCAAGUGGGAUAAACUCGAGGAUUCUUCAUCCCUUCCGUGGUUCUUUUGUCUACCAUGCUUCUCCAACAUGUCUUGGCUGCGAUUAGCUAUCCAGCCGAGUAUUCAAAUCUUCUGUAUCUACCCGCCUACAUGGUCUCAUUGCCCAUGCUCUACCUGAUUCUACCCAUAUUCUCAACUCUCACGGUCAAUCCCAAUGAAUGGGGAACCAGAGAUGCUCUCCUACAAACCAGUGCCGCUGAGGCCGAGAGUGAAGAGGAAGGUAAACCAAAGACCAAACCACCCACAUUCUUCGAUAAUUUCUACUUCAACGUGAAAGCUAUCAUGCCAUUUACCGAGGUUGGCAAGAAGAAGGAGAAGAAGAGCGAUUUUGAUAACCGUCAGGGAAGACGUCCCCUGACGGCUGAUCAGUUCGAAAAGGAGUACAAAUAUCAUUUCACUCACAUCUAUUGGGCUCGAGAUGUUCCGGGGGGAUCCCUGGCUCCAUUGAACCAGAUCGAACAGGUGUGGUGGAUUACUCUUUUGGAGAAAAUCCAUUUGAAACCUGAAAUGCCUUCUCCCCAAGAAGUCAAAAAAGAGCGAGAGAUGAUCCAUGAAUUCCGCACCAGUAACUUCUUGGCUAUUCUCUUCGUUAGUGUAAUUUUGGCCACUAUACUCAUUUUGACCAACACCGAGGAUUUUGAGAUUGAAUGGCCUCUUGCGUAUAAAACCACCAAGGUGAUCGCAUUGUCCAAUCUAGAAAAUGGUCUGUUUACCACUCGUGUCCUGGAGAGAGUGACUCCCUACUACAUCAGUUAUCCCUACUACAUUGUGAGCUUCUUGCUCCUAACCGUCCUGAGUUUUCAAUGCAUCUUCGGACUGCUCAAUGGAGCCUUGACUUUCUGGACCCGCGCAGUUUCCGUUUGGUCUCGCCACUAUCGAUAUCGUCUAAUGGCCAAUUGGUCUAAAGCUCAUCGGGAAUGUUUUCCUGAAACAUUCAUCGUCCCAAGUGCCGAUCCCUUAAUCUACUUCCGAGUUAAAGAGUCCGAAUAUCCUGCCUAUGAAGAACUAAACAGAGUGGAUUAUGAGGAAGAAGUGUUUGACGAUUGGGCCAUCAGCCGCAUUGACAACUUUUCUGUGUCGAAAAAAUCCAAGGACAAUGGUGACCAUAUUCAGAUUUGGUGCUUCUCGUGUUAUCGACAGAGGGAACUUCAUCGGAUUGCCUAUGCUUACGAAGCUCUCACCAAAGUUCAACGCAACAGGUUCUUUACUUUUGACGAGCAAGCGACCAUCAAAGAGCUCAUGAAGACCAGAAUCAAGGAU